AUGUCCGCCCCCAGCGCUCGUCAUUGGGAACAGAACAAGGAAGCCACGGUCUAUUGCGGUAACCUCCAUGAGCGCGUCACGCCCCGCAUUCUCCAUGAGCUGAUGCUCAACGCUGGCCGCGUGCGUAAUGUCAACAUGCCCGUCGAUCGUGUCAACGGCCAGCAUCAAGGCUUCGGCUUCGUCGAAUACCAUACCGAGGAAGAGGCCGACUAUGCGCCCAAGAUCAUGAACAACAUCGCUCUCUAUGGCACCCGCAUACGCGUUAACAAGGCAUCCGCGGACAAGCAACGGAAUGUCGAAAUCGGCGCCGAGCUGUUCAUCGGUAACCUCGACGCCAUGGUGGACGAGAAGACGCUCUACGAUACUUUUGGUCAAUUCGGGCCUCUGGUCAACGCCCCCAAGAUUGCGCGCGACGAGGCGAACUUGUCCAAGGGCUAUGGAUUCAUCUCCUAUGGCGACUUCGAGUCAUCAGAUGCGGCCAUCGCCAGCAUGCAUGGCCAAUACAUCAUGAACAAGCAGAUCUCCGUACAGUACGCGUACAAAAAGGACGGAAAGGGCGAGCGACACGGAGACGAAGCAGAACGCAUGCUUGCAAAACAGGCCAAGGCUCAUGGCGUCGCGCCCGCUGUACAACCCCUUCCCGCACAUCUGUUCCAACUGCCUCCUGGGAGUGGGGUACCAAGUGGGCCAAGCAUGGGCGCAGACAACCGAGUUGCACCUGUCGUGCCCAGUGGUCCUGCGGGCUUUGGACCUUCCAACGGCGCUCAUGGUUACGGUGCUCCUGCAGGCCCACCUGGCUAUGGUGCGCCAAACGGUUCUUACGGAAGGCCACCAGCUGGGCCUCCUGGAGGGCCACCGUCGCUACCACCCGCUCCAAAUGGCUUACCAGCUCGUCCACCAAGCGGGCCUCCCUCCAACUUUUACCCCCCUCCACCUGGGUUCAAUGCCGCUCCACCUAAUGGCCCCCCAGGCUUCAACCCUUCUUACGGUGCUCCACCGAGUUACGCACCUCCAGGGUUCCCGCCACAACGCUGA